AUGACGGAUAAACGCUGCACCCUCUUCAAUCUCGAGAAACCUUUGGAGAUUCCAACCGAGGAAUUCCACGCCGAGUGGUGGCCUCUUGUCGACAGUUUCUGGACCCGUAUUCAACAUAACUACCUUAUCACUCCUGACGUGAUCAAAUGCAUCAGGCGCUACUCCAAAAACACCAAGCAGUGGGCGCUCUGGGCGCGUCAACAUUCACCACUUUUGCUGCAGGUCACCACGACCAAUCCACUCGAGUCGUAUCUCAGUGAGCUCAAAAGGGCGUCAUCCAAAACACACGCACUCUUUGGCACACCAGGUACAGUCUAUUAUGCUGUCCCUGCAGACUUCCGCACCAAGCGCAUCUCCAUCAUCGAUCUCUCAGAAACGAUUCUCGAGCAAGUCCACAAGUUCCCAUUCCCGGUUCAAGAGCUCAUCAUUGGCAAGGCGCGUGCAAUGAGCGCAAGGAUAGAAAAAGGCAAGACCCCUCCAGAGCUGAUUGCACCAGAGUGUAACUGUCACUUUUUCUCCCGCUAUCUUCUCCCUUGCCGGCAUAUUCUCCACGCGCACCUGUUCGGCACCGACCCUCCUGAGAAACUGGUGACCAUUGAGGAUUGGAUGAACUUUCAGCACAUGUUCGAUGAGGCAGGCAUGGAGGUGUACCAAAGCCGCAAGUUGGUUGAGGUGCCUGUUUACAUUGAGACCGAAGAGGAGAGGAGGCAAACCAUGUAUUGGCUGAAGGCGAACGCGCUUCUGGAAAAUGUGCGCAAUGGCUUCUGGAAGGCCAUGGAGCGUGGUGAUGAUAAUGACAUACAAGGGUUUAUUGAUGAUCUUGCCCACUUCGCUGUAUCCCACUCUGAAUAA